AUGAGUGUUCUCUAUCUGCUCACAACUGCGACCAAAACUCAAAGUGCACCAAUAUUGAUGGAUCUUUCUUGUGCAUUUGUGACAAUGGAUAUUCUGGAAAUGGAACUGUGUGUCAAGGUAAAUAGAAGUACUAAUUUUAUAACGUAGCACUUUAUAGCAUAGCGUAUCUAAUUUCUUUCACAAAAGAAAAACAUUUACACCUUCGUAGUGUGCUAAUUAGAGCAGCAAAAUAUUAUACGCAAAAGAACCGAUAGUUUCGGUUUUCAUUUCCCGCUUAACGGCCGCCAAACACCCACCUGAUUGCAGGUAGAAAUGUUUGGAAAAUAACAGGAUUGUGUUCUUUGUGCACAAUAUGCACUGUACUAAAUGCUCAAAUAGUUGAUAUUUUAGUUGUAAUAAUUAUUGUUGUGCACUUUCUUUUUAACAAAAAGAAAUAUUUCAUGUUCAUAAAUAAAUUCCAGUUCUUUUAAAAUAUUCAGAGAUUUAUACAAACUUCGGGACCCGUCAUUAUUUAUGGCGGAGGGUGGCAACCAGGAGAAAUGUUUUCCAGGAAAAUAUUUUGCUGACCCAAAUUAUAAAGUCAAAAAUAAUUUUACACAACCUCAAAUAUCAAUUUAAAAAUAAAUACCCACCCUUGGCCAAAAACUUUACAAAAGGAUACCAAUCAGUUGUUACACAUGUCCUUUAACUCUUCUGCAACAUGAGUUUGAUAACUCCGUGUGCAAUUUUCUGCAGUCUAAAAUUUCAUGUUGUCUGCACAUGUACUUUCUUGGCAGGCACCAUUUGCUUCUUGACAAAGCGGAAAAUGUUCAAGAUAGGGACUCUGAUUGACUAACACAUUGUAUUGAUAUGACCGUCUGUUGACAUUGUUUUUUAGUCUUCAAUAUUUGAAUGAGUGAUGCUUUGGAAAUGGCAACAAAGUUUUAUUACCCAACCCUUCAACUGUUUUGCUUGACAUUUACCUAACCUUUUGCUCACUCAAAAUUUUGUCUACCCAACCCUUUUCUCUCCGGUGCGACCCCCCCCCCCGUCAUAAAUAAUGACUUGUCCCCUACAAAGGUAUAAAUUCAUCUAUUUAGUAAAAAUGCUUGAAACAUACAUAAAUGAUUUCAUACAUUUGUACUGUUCUUUUUUGAAAAUAACCGAACAGAACCGAGGUUUUUUUUCUUUCCCAAAAACCCCGGAAACGAGAUAAAAUUUUUGGAACCGCACAGCUCUAGUGUUAACGCCACUGUUUUUAUAUGUGUUUAGACAUCGAUGAAUGUUCUUUAUCAAUUGACAAUUGUCAUAGAAACUCAACCUGCACCAACUUUGGUGGAUCUUUCUUUUGCACUUGUAAGAGUGGAUAUACUGGAAAUGGAACUGUUUGCGAAGGUGUGUACAGUAGUUGUUGAUGAUUUUGCAAAUCAUUGCUGUUGGAAGGACAUAUUCGCCACCAAAAUGAUCGCCUGAAUAUAAGUAAUGACAAUUGAAUAAUUGCUGUUGGAAACAAAGAUGGUUAAAAAUCUUCACAUAAACUAGAGUGAAAUAUUUAAAAACACUCUUAGUCCGUUCGAUUAUUUUUCCAAAACUAUUUGCCAUAUAUUUUUAGACAUAGAUGAAUGUUUUUCGUUUGUCGACAAUUGUCACAAAAACGCAAACUGCAACAACACUGAUGGAUCUUUCUUGUGCACCUGUGACAGUGGAUACACUGGGAGUGGGACUUUUUGCCAAGGUAAAUUUAAGAUCAAAUUUACUAAUUAGAAGGCAUUACUUGUUAAAAUUAGAUGUCGAGUUCGAAAGUUUAUUUUAUAUUUUAAGAUAUUAAUGAGUGUUCUCUAUCUGCUGAUAACUGCGACCAAAACUCAAACUGCACGAAUAUUGAUGGAUCUUUCUUGUGCACUUGUGAAAAUGGAUAUUCUGGAAAUGGAACUGUGUGUCAAGGUAAAUAAAAGUCGCAAUUUUUUAACAUAGCACCUUGUAGCAUAGCACAUUUAAUCUCUUUCACAAAAGAAAAAUAUUUAUGUCUUCGUAGUGUUUCAACGACACUGCUUUUAAUGUCUUUAGACAUCGAUGAAUGUUAUUCAUCAAUUGACAAUUGUCAUAAAAACUCAAUAUGCAUCAACAAUGGUGGAUCUUUCUUUUGUACUUGUAAGAGUGGAUAUACUGGAAAUGGAAUUGUUUGCGAAGGUAUGUACAGGAGAUGAUGAUGAUGAUUUAUAAAAUCAUUGCCGUAGGGAGGACAUAAACUUGGCCAAAAUGAUCGCAUGAAUCAGCAAUGACAACAGAAUAAUAUUGCUGUUGAAAAAAAAUGGAGUUUAAAAGCUUCACGUAAGCUAGAGUGCAAUAUUUAAAAAAUUUUCGUAUUCGAUCCAAUAAUUUUGCAACAAGUACUUGGUAUAUACUAGUUUGCAGACAUAGAUGAGUGUUUUUCGUCUGACGACAAUUGUCACAAAAACGCAAACUGCAAAAGCACUGACUGAUCUUUGUUGUGCACUUGUGACACUGGAUACACUGGAAAUGCGAAGUCUUGCCAAGGCGAAUUUAAGACAACAUUAACAGUUUACCGAGGCAUUAUUUAGCAAAAAUUAAACCACGAGUUAGAAAUUUUGUUAUAUCUUUCAAAAUAUCUACAAAUGUUUUUUAUUUCGUAAUAACCGUCACAAAAUCUUAAACUGCUCCAGGGAAUCCGACACAGUAAACUCUUUGGGGACAUACGCUACUUGUUGGUCAGCAGAACAAUACUUAGCAAGGUAUUUUUUAACAAAAUUGGAUGUCAACCUCGAAUGUUUGUUGUAUAUUUUAAGAUAUCAAUGAGUUUUCUCUAUCUGCACACAACUGCGACCAAAACUCAAAGUGCACCAAUAUUCAUGGAUCUUUCUUGUGCAUUUGUGACAAUGGAUAUUCCGGAAAUGGAACUGUGCGCCAAGGCAAAAUUGAAGUCCCAAUUUUAUAACGUAGCACUUUAUAGCAUAGCGCAUCUAAUUUCCUUCACAAAGAAAUCAUUUACACCUCCGUAGUGUGUUAAUGACACUGUUUUUAUAUGUGUGUAGACGUCGAUGAAUGUUCUUUAUCAAUUGACAAUUGUCAUAGAAACUCAACUUGCACCAACAAUAAUGGAUCUUUCUUUUGCGCUUGUAAGAGUGGAUAUAUUGGAAAUGGAACUGUUUGCAAAGGUGUGUACAAUAGGUGUUGAUGGUUUUUCAAAUCAUUGCGGUUGGAAAGACAUAAUUGCGACCAAAAUGAUCGCUUGAACAUUAGUAAUGACAAUAGACAAUUCCCAUAAAAGACGAAUUUUAAAAUUAGGCAAGAAAACUCAAAUAAAUCACCACAGCUAGAAAGAGCAUACUACAAUUAGUAAAAUUACAAAGUUUGGUUGCAACAUGUUGAAAAAUGAGGAAAAUAUAGCCUUGCAAAAUUUGCAAAUUUUGUAUACUUUUGUAUUCCUUGCGGAAAUUCCUACCACAUUUAGGCCGAAAGUGGUCGCACGCAAUACAAAAGUGUACAAGAUUUGCAAACUUUGCAAGGCUAUAUUUUCCACAUUUUACAACAUUUCGCAACCAAAUUUUGUAAUUUUCACAAUGUUAGCAUGCUCUUUCUAGCCGUGGUGAUUUAUUUGCAUCUCCUCGCUUAGUUUUAAAAUUAGUCUAUAAUUGGGAAUUGUCUAUUGAAUAAUUGCUGUUGGAAAAAAAGAUGGUUAAAAAUCUGCACAUAAGCUAGAGUGAAAUAUUUAAAACGCUCUUAGUCCGUUCGAUUAGUUUUCCAAAACUAUUUGCUAUAUAUUUGUAGACAUAGACGAAUGUUUUUCUUUUGUCGACAAUUGUCACAAAAACGCAAACUGCAACAACACUGAUGGAUCUUUCUUGUGCACCUGUGACAGUGGAUACACUGGGAGUGGGACUUUUUGCCAAGGUAAAUUUAAGAUCAAAUUUACUAAUUAGAAGGCAUUACUUGUUAAAAUUAGAUGUGGAGUUCGAAAGUUUAUUGUAUAUUUUAAGAUAUUAAUGAGUGUUCUCUAUCUGCUGAUAACUGCGACCAAAACUCAAACUGCACGAAUAUUGAUGGAUCUUUCUUGUGCACUUGUAAAAAUGGAUAUUCUGGAAAUGGAACUGUGUGUCAAGGUAAAUAAAAGUCGCAAUUUUUUAACAUAGCACUAUGUAGCAUAGCACAUCCAGUUUCAGAUUGAAUCUGGAGCCAGAGGCAUGCCGUUCGUGUUCGAAGGGCUCUAACUCCACAAAGCCUUCACCCAUCUUAAUCAUUUUUUUCAUUCUUCGUCAAGAAAAGGACUAUCAUAUAACGCAAUCACUGAGUCGCUACUGCUUCUAGAUUGCUCUAAACAGCUUGCAUAAGUCAAGUCGCCAAACCGUGUCGGGUCAAUUAAAUCUUGAGUAAGACACGGUUAGUUCCUAUCUAAAUCGCUGUAUUGUCUGUAGCGCUUUUAUUUUUCUCUGGAGGCCUCGCAUAAGUUAUGUCACCGAACAGCGACAUAUUGAUGGAGACUGCAAACACGCGUGCCGCUUAGCGAUUUAAAACGCUCGUUCUCCGACACAAGUUACUUUAUCGUCAUAAUAUUUUUUUCCAUUCUUUACCCAUAAUAUUUGCAUCAUAUGAGAUUAUUUUUAAGCUUAUACCGAUUUAAACUUUGACUGAACAGCUUGCACAAGACGAGUCGUCGAACCGCCACAUAUUAGCGAGCUUAAGCAUGUAGGACGGCAACACCACGACGACAGCCAGAACAAAUUCCUUCAAAUAAAUGAUGGUAAAGAAAACUUGUCGUAUAUUAUAAUUCGUAUGAAUUUAAUACAGUAUAAGAAGCUGAAAACAUUGGCUUUAUGUUUGGGAAGAGUUCUACUGACCGAAUUUUAAGUUGCACUUGUUACGGCUUGAAAUGUAGGCGUUGUAUAAAAGACGUGAAAAUCUGUGAUUUGCCGUUGUAAACAGAACGACGACCACGCCUGAAAGUCCCCUGGGACUUUAAUUAUUUAUUUCUUUUCAUUGACUCCUGGUAUUGGUUGCCGUCGUCGUCGUGUUGCCGUCCUACAUGCUUAAGCUCCCUAUUGACACUUACCGCAGGUCGGUCGACAAGUCAGCAUACUAAAAACGCUCUAUCUCAGGCAAAAAUUAACAUAUUCUUUAAACAUUAUUUUUCAUUCUUCCCUGAUAAAUUACACAUUAUUUUAAAAAAUCAGCUUGUCUUUAGCGCUUUUUGUUUUCUCUGGAGGCCUCGCAUAAAUUAAGUUAUGCUAAUGUAAUGGACCAACCCCCCUGUAAGCGGGAUUUCCCCUUUGUUUACUACAGCUCGAACUAUGUAUAUUAAUGUAUUAAUUGAUACAUAUAAAUUUGUUUUAUAAUAUAUAUUACUUAAUUGCAAAUUAAAGAAUUGGUAUAUUAUUUUAUAGUUGGGUUCCAAUGGGAGUUUGUAUAUUCCGGAGUAAUGAGUAAUGCAUUUUCGUAUACUUACAUUAGAAAAAUAAACCAUGAAAACACUGACAGUGGUUCUAUACUCACUCUCUGCCGUGAAUAAUUAUAAUGCUGUGGCAGUGUCAGGAGUGUAACAAAGGGUAAAUUACUCUGAAAAUCUUCGUACACUUCAUCAAAAAUCUUUGGAAAAUCCCAGAAUCCCCAAAUCCCAAGAAAUCUCUAAAAAUUGCAUAAAAUCCUUGGAAAAAGCCCAAUAAAAUCCUCAAAAUUAUUGCAAUAUUGAGAAAUCCCAUCAAAUUUAAACAUUUAAAUCGUGAAUUGACGUGAAAAUGUCCUUCGUUGAUUUACUUUGUUUUCGAAAAUAAUUCGACGGAUUAUAUGUCGCAAAAAAUUUCGGAAAAAGUUCGGCUAAAAAAAAUAAGGGGAAACAUUUCGAAAAAAUCAGCUGAAAAAAAUCCAAAAAUCCCUUAAAUUUCGGGAAAAAAUCCCAGAAUCCCAAGAAAAAUUGCUUUUUUCAGAGUAAUUUACCCUUCGGAGUGUAAAAUAAUAUGAUAAAAUAAAUAUCAAUUGAUCAAAUAUGGUCACAAUUUCGCUAUAGCAUAUUCGUUUCUAGCGUGUUAUAUAUUAACCAGUUCAGCCUUUAAAACAAUUGUCUAUACUUAAAGGACAUUGGCACCCAAAAUUUUUAUUACAUUUAUCUCUUAGGUAUACUUGCGGAAUAUUUAAUUUCAUAUUUUGGCCGGUUUGUCGCGUUUAGUUGUUGAGAAAAUUUGAUAGAAAGUUCAACAGUUGCCGCCAUUUUGAAAAUAAGCGCGUAUGCUAAUUUAUGCCUCAAAAUACAUUAUCUGACGUCAUUGGCUGAGUAAAAACAAUUUCUUGACUAUAAACAAUACCGAGUAUUGCCACGCGUAGUGCAUUUGAACCGAAACAAAAGGCAGCAAAGUUUUACCAAGUAUGUAAUUUAUUUGUAACACUAUUUCUCAUAGUAUAUAUCCUACUCCGUGUUAAAUAAACGCAGAAAUUCGAGUGCAACAAGACAAAUACUAAUGCAAUAUUUUAUGAUCAAUUACCUGUAUUGUAAAUUGUGCCAUUCCCUGCUUUCCCAGUCGCUCGAUAUGUUUUUAUCUGAUAGUGUAGACUUAUCUUGUUUGAUUGCGAAGAGUGUUGGCCAGUAUAACGCUCAAAACGACAUAUUUUUAGCUGACAUAACACGCACGCAAUAGAAUUCUCUCUUGUAGUUUUAGUGCUACCCAUCCAAUGACGUCACAAAGUUCAUUGACCUUCGAGAUAAUUUGUCAAAAAAUAUUUCCAAGAUGGCGGCGAAACACAAAGUUUGAAUGCAUUUUACUCGUAGACUAAAAUGUUUGAGAACGAAAUGAUAAUAUUUUCAUAGUUAGGUCUUCAAGUAGGAUUGAAAUAGCCAAUAAAACUUUUCGGUGCCAUUGUCUUUAAAACACUCAUUAAUAAUUCAUAAACCUUGUGGCAAAUCAUGUCAGUCAUAAUAUAUCACGUGGAGUGACUCUAUAUCUGAUAAAGCAUGCGGCAUUAUAUAAUUAAUUGUUCAUCCUAAUUAGUAUGAUUAUAUAAUGGUUCAUCCUAAUUAGUAUUCUUUUGUAGUCGUAUUUUAGCUUAUUCAAAACACUCGAUGUCGUACGAUAAAACACUCCUACUCGUGUAGCCGGUAUAGGAGUGUUUUAUGUCUGUUUUAUGUCGUACAAACGUAGUGGAGUUAAACCAACCGAUAAUUAAUAUUUAAAAUGUUAUUUUACGUUUUUUUCAUUAAACGAAUUUAUUUCACUUCACUGCCUGGUACUGUCUGUUUCGAUCGCGAGUAGCCUGCGUAGCAGGCGGUAUUCGCGGGCACGAGAGAAUGGGAAGCUUGAAAUACCGCCUGCCCAAAAACUACACAUUCUGAGUUCUCCCCGGCAGCUGGGUGCCGGAGCAUUCUGAUUGGUCAGAAUGUUGAUUUUCAAUUUUUGAUUGACAGGAGUAAAGAAUUAGAGUGAUUAGGGCUAAUUUUAGAAGUUACUGUUGCCAUAUUUAUAAUAUAAGGCCAAAUAAAAAAAAUACUUGGUUAGCGUCACCGCCCGCCUCUCGGUUUUCUGCCGCCUCUGAAUUUUUUUUUGUUUAUGUAAAUCUCUUCGUUUUACAGCUUAAAACAGUUUAAUAUUUGAAAUUUUUCUCAUGCUCAGACCUUCGCGCUAUAUACUGAUCGAUAGGAGCCAUAGAUAUAUUAUAUACACUAGAUAGUGCAUCUAAUUAUUCUGCAAUUCAAAAAUUGAAGCCAUGAUUGCAGUCUUAGGUCGUUCCCAUGAAAUGAGAAGAUUCGUAUGUUUUCUAUUUUUUAAACAGGGAACUUAAACAUUAAGUUAACCCUAUUCCAAAUACAUUUUUAAACUAUUCGAAUGAUGAAAGUUAUUGUUGUUUUUAAGCGUUUUUUACUAAGUGGGAACGACCAAUAUGGCCGCCAUCUAUUCAAAUGGGGGUAACCGCUGGAAUAUUCUUGGCUUCAAUUUUACUAAAAGAGAUGCGCUGUCUAGUGUAUCUUAAAAUAUCUAUGAUAGGAGCGCUUAGGCUUGGGUAUACAAGGUUCUUAAAGCAAAAUGGCGGCCUUCGCCAGAUCAGUACAAAAAAUAUCACCGAUAUGGUGGAAAAACCGCCCCACAUCCCCUCCAAAAAUACUAUUAAAAAAUUAAAAAACGAGUAAAAAUUUAAAAAAAAAUCCGCCCGCCCGCCUCUGAAAAUUUGUGCGAGUGUGACGCUAACCAAGUAUUUUUUUUUUAUUCGGCCUAAACUAUUGUUAUUUUCGUAAUUGAUACCGAUAUAUCGAGUGAUGGCAUACUUAACCAAAAAAUAACUAAUGUAUUAAUUGAGAAUUAAGCGUUGAAUUCUUUAAUCUUUAUCUGGAAUCGGAAAUCGCUUCGUCUUGAACAACGAAUAUCAAUCCAACAUUUGUUGCUUGAUAGAUGUGAUACCGUGAUAAAAGUGCAGAUUUGAAGAUACAGGCUCGUAAAUGACACUCUAAGUAGUGUUUUUGAUAGCGAUUGGGACAAGACUAUUACAAAGUUACGUCCGAAGGGGCCGAAGUUAUGUUCGGCGAAAGGUAUGGCUAGUCUAUAUUUUUGUUCAGACAAUUGCGUAAUUUGAUAAUACACGAACUCGCUUGACUUUCAAAGCUCAUAAAUCGCCAUAAUGUUGACAUCGACUAAAACUAUCGCUAUGAAUGAGGACAUAUUGUUACACUGAAUCGAACGUGGUAUUUUUUCAUAGCAUUGAAUGAACCGAAGAUAUGAAACGUCAAAGCCGUAUAUUUGCACUGGUGCAAAUAUGUGAGUUUGACAAAUAAUUAAAAUAAAUACAUUAAGAUGGGCGGGACCAUGUGGUGGGCGGAACUCAGAAUGUGUAGUUUUUGGGCAGGCGGUAUUUCUAGCUUCUACCGCCUGCUAGGCAGGCUAGUUUCGAGCAUUGACAUGCCCAAUAUCAAAUUUCGAGCUUUAGUAAACAAAAGGGGAAAUCCCGCUUACGGGGGGGUGGCCUAUUACAUUAGCAUAACCUAACUUAUGCGAGGCCUCCAGACAAAACUAAAAGCGCUAAAGACAAGCUGAUUUUUUUAAAUAAUGUGUAAUUUAUCAGGGAAGAAUGAAAAAUAAUAUUUAAAGGAUAUGUUAAUUUUUGGCUGAGAUAGAGCGUUUUUAGCAUGCUGACUUGUCGACUGACCUGCGGUAAGUGUCAAUAUGUGGCUGUUCGACGACUCGUCUUGUGCAAGUUGUUCAGUCAAAGUUUAAAUCGAUAUAAGCUUAAAAAUAAUCUCAUAUGAUGCGAAUAUUAUGGGUAAAGAAAGAAAAAAAAAUAUUAUGACGAUAAAGUAACUUGUGUCGGAGAACGAGCGUUUUAAAUCGCUAAGCGGCACGCGUGUUUGCAGUCUCCAUCAAUAUGUCGCUGUUCGGUGACAUAACUUAUGUGAGGCCUCCAGAGAAAACUAAAAGCGCUACAGAAAAGCCGAAUGCUUUAGGUGAUGUGCAGAUUAUCAGUGAAGAAUGAAAAAAAUUAUUAUAACGUUACAUUUACUCCUUACGACGAUACAGCAAUUUAGAUAGGAACUAACCGUGUCUUGCUCAAGAUUUAAUUGACCCGACAAUUUAGGUUUGACGACUUGACUUUUGCAAGCUGUUUAGAGUAAUCUAGAAGCAGUAGCGACUCAGGGAUUGGGUUAUAUGAUAGUCCUUUUCUUGAAGAAGAAUGAAAAAAAUUAUUGUUAAGAUGGGUGAAGGCUUUGUGGAGUUAGAGCCAUUCGAACACGAACGCCAUGCCUCUGGCUCCAGAUUCAAUCUGAAACUGGAGCUGCGAAUCUGAAACUGGAGCUGACUGGCUUCUCGUCAUAGCACAUCUAAUCUCUUUCACAAAAGAAAAAUAUUUAUGUCUUCGUAGUGUUUCAACGACACUGCUUUUAUAUGUCUUUAGACAUCGAUGAAUGUUAUUCAUCAAUUGACAAUUGUCAUAAAAACUCAAUAUGCACGAACAAUGGUGGAUCUUUCUUUUGUACUUGUAAGAGUGGAUAUACUGGAAAUGGAAUUGUUUGCGAAGGUAUGUACAGGAGGUGAUGAUGAUUUAUAAAAUCAUUGCAGUAGGAAGGACAUACACUUGGCCAAAAUGAUCGCAUGAAUCAGUAAUGACAACUGAAUAAUAUUGCUGUUGGACAAAAAUGGAGUUUAAAAACCUUCACGUAAGCUAGAGUGCAAUAUUUAAAAAAUUUUCGUAUUCUGUCCGAUAAUUUUGCCACAAAUAUUUGGUAUAUACUAGUUUGCAGACAUAGAUGAGUGUUUUUCGUCUGACGACAAUUGUCACAAAAACGCAAACUGCAAAAGCACUGACUGAUCUUUCUUGUGCACUUGUGACACUGGAUACACUGGAAAUGGGAAGUCUUGCCAAGGCGAAUUUAAGACAACAUCAUCAGUUUACCGAGGAAUUAUUUAGCAAAAAUUAAACCACGAGUUAGAAAUUUUGUUAUAUCUUUCAAGAUAUCUACAAAUGUUUUUUAUUUCGUAAUAACCGUCGCCAAAACUUAAACUGCUCCAGGGAAUCCGACACAGUAAACUCUUUGGAGACAUACCCUACUUGUUGAUCAGCAGAACAAUACUUAGCAAGGUAUUUUUUAACAAAAUUAGAUGCCAAGCUCAAAUGUUUGCUGUAUAUUUAAGAUAUCAAUGAGUGUUCUCUAUCUUCUCACAAUUGCGACCAAAACUCAAAGUACACCAAUAUUCAUGGAUUUUUCUUGUGCAUUUGUGACAAUGGAUAUUCCGGAAAUGGAACUGUGUGCAAAGGCAACUUGAAGUCCCAAUUUUAUAACGUAGCACUUUAUAGCAUAGCGCAUCUAAUUUCCUUCACGAAAGAAAUCAUUUACACCUUCGUAGUGUGUUAAUGACGCUGUUUUUAUAUGUGUGUAGACGUCGAUGAAUGUUCUUUAUCAAUUGACAAUUGUCAUAGAAACUCAACUUGCACCAACAAUAAUGGAUCUUUCUUUUGCACUUGUAAGAGUGGAUAUAUUGGAAAUGGAACUGUUUGCGAAGGUGUGUACAGUAGGUGUGGAUGAUUUUGCAAAUCAUUGCGGUUGGAAAGACAUAAUCGCGACCAGAAUGAUCGCUUGAACAUUAGUAAUGACAAUAGACAAUUCCCAUCAAAGACUAAUUAUAAAAUUAGGCAAGGAAACUCAAAUAAAUCACCACAGCUAGAGUGUGGUACAAAGUUUGGUUGCGACAUGUUGUAAAAUGAGGAAAAUAUAGCCUUGCAAAGUUCGCAAAUUUUGUACACUUUCGUAUUCCUUGCGGAAAUUCCUACCACAUUCCUAUAACAUUUAGGCCGAAAGUGGUCGCACGCAAUACAAAAGUAUGCGAGAUUUGCAAUCUUUGCAAGGCUAUAUUUUCCACAUUUUACAACAUUUCGCAACCAAAUUUUGUAAUUUUACCAAUUUUAGUAUGCUCUUUCUAGCUGUGGUGAUUUAUUUGCAUAUCCUUGCCUAGUUUUAAAAUUAGUCUAUAAUUGGGAAUUGUCUAUUGAUUAAUUGCUGUUGGAAAAAAAGAUGGUUAAAAAUCUGCACAUAAGUUAGAGUAAAAUUUUUAAAACACUCUUAGUCGUUCGAUUAUUUUUCCAAGACUAUUUGCUAUAUAUUUUUAGACAUAGAUGAAUGUUUUUCUUUUGUCGACAAUUGUCACAAAAACGCAAACUGCAACAACACUGAUGGAUCUUUCUUGUGCACCUGUGACAGUGGAUACACUGGGAGUGGGACUUUUUGCCAAGGUAAAUUUAAGAUCAAAUUUGCUAUUUAGAAGGCAUUACUUGUUAAAAUUAGAUGUCGAGUUCGACCGUUUAUUGAAUAUUUUAAGAUAUUAAUGAGUGUUCUCUAUCUGCUGAUGACUGCGACCAAAACUCAAACUGCACGAAUAUUGAUGGAUCUUUCAUGUGCACUUGUAAAAUUGGAUAUUCUGGAAAUGGAACUGUGUGUCAAGGUAAAUAAAAGUCGCAAUUUUUUAACAUAGCACUAUUUAGCAUAGCACAUCUAAACUCUUUCACAAAAGAAAAAUAUUUAUGUCCUCGUAGUGUUUCAACGACCCUGCUUUUAUAUGUCUUUAGACAUCGAUGAAUGUUAUUCAUCAAUUGACAAUUGUCAUAAAAACUCAAUAUGCACGAACAAUGGUGGAUCUUUCUUUUGUACUUGUAAGAGUGGAUAUACUGGAAAUGGAAUUGUUUGCGAAGGUAUGUACAGGAGGUGAUGAUGAUUUAUAAAAUCAUUGCACUAGGAAGGACAUAAACUUGGCCAAAAUGAUCGCAUGAAUCAGUAAUGACAACUGAAUAAUAUUGCUGUUGGAAAGAAAUGCAGUUCAAAAUCCUCACGUAAGCUAGAGUGCAAUAUUUAAAAAAUUUUCGUAUUCGAUCCGAUAAUUUUGCCACAAAUAUUUGGUAUAUACUAGUUUGCAGACAUAGAUGAGUGGUUUUCGUCUGACGAGAAUUGUCACAAAAACACAAACUGCAAAAGCACUGACAGAUAUUUCUUGGGCGCUUGUGACACUGGAUAGACUGGAAAUGGGAAAUUUUGCCCAGACGAAUUUAAGACAACAUUUACAGUUUACCACGGCAUUAUUUAGGGAAAAUUAAAUCUAGAGCUAGAAAUGUUGUUAUAUCUUUUAAGAGAUCUACGAAUGUUUUCUAUUUCGUAACAACGAUCACCAAAGCUCAAACUGCUCCAGGAAAUCAGACACAGUAAACUCUUUGGAACAUACCCUACUUGUUGGUCAGCAGAACAAUACUUAGCAAGGUAUUUUUUAACAAAAUUAGAUGCCAAGCUCGAAUGUUUUUUGUAUAUUUUAAGAUAUCAAUGAGUGUUCUGUAUUUGCUUACAACUGCGACCAAAACUCAAAGUGCACCAAUAUUGAUGGAUCUUUCGUGUGCAUUUGUGACAAUGGAUAUUCUGGAAAUGGAACUGUGUGCCAAGGUAAAUAUAAGUCCCAAUUUUAUAACGUAGCACUCUAUAACAUAGCGCAUCUAAUUUCCUUCACAAAAGAAAUCAUUUACACCUUCGUAGUGUGUUAAUGACACUGUUUUUAUAUGUGUUUAGACAUCGAUGAAUGUUCUUUAUCAGUUGACAAUUGUCAUAGAAACUCAAACUGCACCAACAAUAAUGGAUCUUUCUUUUGCACUUGUAAGAGUGGAUAUACUGGAAAUGGAACUGUUUGCGAAGGUGUGUACAAUAUGUGUUUAUGCUUUUGCAAAUCACUGCGUUUGGAAGGACAUAAUCGCGACCAUAAUGAUCGCUUCAAUAUAAGUAAUGACAAUUAAAUAAUUGCCGUUGGAAACAAAGAUGAUCGAUCAAAAAUCUUCUCCUAAGCUAGAGUGAAAUAUUUAAAAACCCUCUUAGUUCGUUCGAUUAUUUUUCCAAAAUUAUUUGCUAUAUAUUUGUAGACAUAGACGAAUGUUUUUCGUUUGUCGACAAUUGUCACAAAAACGCAAACUGCACCAACGCUGAUGGAUCUUUCUUGUGCACCUGUGACAGUGGAUAUGCUGGGAGUGGGACUUUUUGCCAAGGUAAAUUGAGGAUCAAAUUUACUAAUUAGAAGGCAUGAAUUGCCAAAAUUAGAUGUCCAGCUCGAAUGUUUAUUGUAUAUUUUAAGAUAUUAAUGAGUGUUCUCUAUCUGCUGAUAACUGCGACCAAAACUCAAACUGCACCAAUAUUGAUGGUUCUUUUUCGUGCAUUUGUGAUAAAGGAUAUUCUGGAAAUGGAACUGUGUGCCAAGGUAAAUAGAAGUCCCAAUUUUAUAACGUAACACUUUAUAGCAUAGCGUAUCUAAUUUCUUUCACAAAAGAAAAACAUUUUCACCUUCGUAGUGUCUUGGUUAGAGCACCGAAAAAUCAUACGCAAAAGAACCGGUAGUUUAGGUUUUCGUAUCCCGUUUAACGCCCGCCAAACGCGCACCUGAUUGCAGGUUGAAAUCUUUGGAAAAUAGCAGAAUUGUGUUGCUUGUUCACAAUAUGCACUGUACUAAGUGCUCAAAUAGUUGAUCUUUCAGUUGUAAUAGUUAUUGUUGUGCACUUUCUUUUUAAAAAUAAAUAUGUCAAGUUCAAAAAUAAAUUCCAGUUCUUUUAAAAUAUUCAGAGAUUUGUACAAACUUAGGGACAAGUAAUUAUUUAUGGUGGAGGGUGGCACCCAAGAGAAAUGUUUUCCCUGGCAAAUAUUUUGCUGACCAAAAUUAUAAAGUCAAAAAUAAUUUUAGCCAACCUCAAAUAUCAAUUUAAAAAUAAAUACCCACGCUUGGUCAAAAACUUUACAAAAAGAUACAAUCAGUUGUUACACAUGUUCUUUAACCCUUCUGCAACAUGAGUUUGAUACUACCAUUUUCGAGCUUCCGUGAAGCGUGCAUUUAUAACUACGUUUCAAAACGUUUCUUUAGCAUGAGUUUGUCAAUCAUAACUUUUGUUUUGCAAUAAUAACUUUUGUGGGCGUGGUGUCAAGCACAUUGUUUUGCACGCGAAAAAUUCCUCUUAUUUUUCACACGGACUGACUCUAUACUGACAAAAUUGCUAUAGAAAGCGAAAUAACAGAUUUAUAGCACCUUCUGGAAAUGUUUACGUAACAAACCUCUGUAAUACAAGUGUCCUUUUGAGUUUUGACGCCGAAAUUCAAAGUUUCGCGUGCAAAACAAUAUGUUUUUUAUACCACGCCCACAGAAGUUAUUAUGUCAAAACAAAAUGUUUUAGGAGCGAAAUAAAAAGUUUUGAAUGACAAACUCAUGCUGAAGGAACGUUUUAAAACCUAAUUAUAAAUGUACGCUUCACGGAAGCUAGAAAAUGGUAGUAACUGCGUGUGCAAUUUUCUGCAGUCUAAAAUUUCAUGUUGUCUGCACAUGUACAUUCUUUGGAGACACCAUUUGCUACCUGACAAAGGGGAAAAUGUUCAAGAUAGGGACUCUGAUUGACUAACACAUUGUAUUGAUAUGACUGUCUGUUGACAUUGGUUUUUAGUGUUCACUAUUUGAAUGAGUGAUGCUUUGGAAAUGGCAACAAAGUUUUAUUACCCAACCCUUCAAUUGUUUUGUGUUUCAUUUACCCAACCUUUUACUCACUCAAAAUUUUGUUUACCCAACCCUUUUCUCUUCGGGGCCACCACCCGCCAUAAAUAAUGACCGGUCCCUUACAAAGGCAUAAAUUUUUCUAUUUAGUAAAUAUGCUUAAAACAUACAUAAAUGAUUUCAUACAUUUGUACUGUUCUUCUUUUUUGAAAAUAACCGAAACCGAACCGAACCGAGGUUUUUUUUUCAAAAAAAACGGAACCGAGAUAAAAUUUUUGGAAACGGACAGCUCUAGUGUUAAUGCUACUGUUUUUACUUGUCCUUAGAAAUCGAUGAAUGUUCUUUAUCAAUUGACAAUUGUCAUAGAAACUCAACCUGCACCAACUUUGGUGGAUCUUUCUUUUGCACUUGUAAGAGUGGAUAUACUGGAAAUGGAACUGUUUGCGAAGGUGUGUACAGUAGGUGUUGACGAUUUUGCAAAUCAUUGCUGUUGGAAGGACAUAAUCGCGACCAAAAUGAUCGCUUUAAUAUAAGUAAUGACAAUUGAAUAAUUGUUGUUGGAAACAAAGAUGGUUAAAAAUCUGCACAUAAGCUUGAGUGAAAUAUUUAAAAACACUCUUAGUCUGUUCGAUUAUUUUUCCAAAACUAUUUGCUAUAUAUUUGUAGACAUAGAUGAAUGUUUUUCGUUUGUCGACAAUUGUCACAAAAACGCAAACUGCAACAACACUGAUGGAUCUUUCUUGUGCACCUGUGACAUUGGAUACACUGGGAGUGGGACUUUUUGCCAAGGUAAAUUUAAGAUAAAAUUUACUAAUUAGAAGGCAUUACUUGUUAGAAUUACAUUUAGAGCUCGAAAGUUUAUUGUAUAUUUUAAGAUAUUAAUGAGUGUUCUCUAUCUGCUGGUAACUGCGACCAAAACUCAAACUGCACGAAUAUUGAUGGAUCCUUCUCGUGCACUUGUGAAAGUGGAUAUUCUGGAAAUGGAACUGUGUGUCAAGGUAAAUAAAAGUUGCAAUUUUUUAACAUAGCACUAGCUAUGUGGCAUAGCACAUUUAAUCUCUUUCACAAAAGAAAAAUAUUUAUAUCUUCGUACUGUUUUAACGCCACUGCUUUUAUAUUUCUGUAGACAUUGAUGAAUGUUAUUCGUCAAUUAACAAUUGUCAUAAAAACUCAAUAUGCACCAACAAUGGUGGAUCUUUCAUCUGUACUUGUAGGAGUGGAUAUACUGGAAAUGGAAUUGUUUGCAAAGGUAUGUACAGGAGGUGAUGAUGACUUAGAAAAUCAUUGCAGUAGGAAGGACAUAACCUCAGCCAAAAUGAUCGCAUGA